CCAUCCUAGCAAGCUCAGCUUUGCUUUUGGAGCGGUGCAACUUUUUUACAUGGAGCUGAGGCCUAAGCAGCAGGAGCACCGUCGUCGCCACGAGGAAGAUGAGGAGGACGCCGACAUGGAGCGCAGCCAUCUUUCGCUGCGCACCGGCGGGCGGCGGCACGAUGAAGAGUUGGGCUGGCGCCGCCGUGGUGAGAUCAAGGAGGUGGACUUCUUCUUGGCCAGCGGCCAUGCCGAUGCUGCCCGAUCGCGGAAGGACGGCGCGGGCCACGGGGCUUUGCAUAGCGGCCGCGAUGACGUCCAUACCGGGCUGGACUUGCUGACCUCCACAACAGGUGCCGCGGCUGGUGCGGCAACGGCUGCUGGCGGCGAGGAUCCGUCGGCUCUUGUGGCCAGGACGGCGAAGAAUCAUGAAAUGGAGGCGGCGGCGACGGUGCAAGCGGAGCUCCGGCGGGUGGUGGAGGAGAACCUGCGGCUGCGAGGCAUGCUGGAGGAGCUCACCCGGAGCUACGGCGCGCUGUACCACCAGCUGCUCCAGGUCACUCAGCAGCAGCAGCACCCUCAUCGCCAUACUGAUCUGGCCAUGAUCAACGACCGAUCGCCACUAACUCAAACGCACCUAACCGCACCCAACACGUCGGCGACGCAGCAGUUCCUGGAGCCACGCCCGCGCGCGCCUAUUUCAACGGCCAUGGGCACGGCACAGCAGGACGACGCCGCCGUGGAGUACGACAGCGGCACCGCCUCCUCCCCAUCCCUGAGCGGCGCGCCGGGAACCGGCGGCAAUAGGAGGACGGUUCAAGAUGACGCGGCGCCGCCGGGAGCGAGGGAAAGCAGCGAGCAGGCGUCGUCGGAGCAGCCGCCGUGCCGGAAACCGAGGGUGUCCGUGCGCGCGCGAUCAGAAGCACCAAUGAUUAGCGAUGGAUGCCAAUGGAGGAAGUAUGGGCAGAAGAUGGCAAAGGGCAACCCAUGCCCGAGAGCUUACUACCGCUGCACAAUGGCUACUGGAUGCCCUGUGAGGAAGCAGGUGCAGCGGUGCGCCGAGGACAAGACGGUCCUGAUCACCACCUACGAGGGCAGCCACAACCACCAGCUGCCGCCCGCGGCGUUCACCAUGGCCAACACCACGUCCGCCGCGGCAGCCAUGCUCCUGUCCGGCCCGGCCACCAGCCGCGACGGGCCCAUCCCGCUCCUGGGCCAGCCCACGGCUUCCUUCUUCCACCCCCACCACCAACACUACUCCUUCCCCUACGCCUCCAGCAUGGCCACGCUCUCCGCCUCCGCGCCCUUCCCCACAAUCACCCUCGACCUCACGCAGCCGCCCGCAGGCCGCCCACUGCCGCCUGCGGCAUCCCCGGCCCCGGCGGCCAUGAUGCCAUUGCCGCCGCAGCUCGCGAUGUACCUCCAGCAGCAAAGGGCGUCGUCCACGACGAUGCUCCCGCCGGCCGGGCUGACGGUGCAGGGCGCGCGGCAGACGCAGUCCGUCAUGGACACGGUGACCGCGGCGAUCGCGGCCGACCCCAACUUCAGCACGGCGUUGGCGGCCGCCAUCUCGUCCGUCAUGGCAAGAGACGAAGCACCUCAUCAGGAUCACCCUAGUGCUGCUACUACUGCUACUCCCCGUGGCGGUGUCUCUGCCGCGGGAGACGGCGGCACCGGUGACGCCGCAUCGACACCGGCGCCGGAUGGAGCACGUGCGGCGGCGUCCUCCGGCGGCGGCGGCGGCUCGCCUCGGCUUGCGACGCGAUCUUGCACCACGUCUACUACUUGAGGUAGGUAAGACGCACGCGCCGCUAGCUUUGCAUCUUGUAAAGCACAGCAUUAUGAGUGAUUGAGUGUAUAUUUAUAUAUGCGCCCGCACAUAUGAUACGUCCACAUUUUGCAUUAUGUACAGUUAAACGGACAGUAGAUCGAUGACCUUUGUACGUACAUACGGGGUUGUUCCCUUGAGAUAUAGUGGAAUCAUCGCUGUUACAGGAA